AUAUGCGCCACAGCUGCUUGUACGGAAGCUGGAGCGGCUCAGUGCGGCGUGUGGAGCGGCAGAAUCGUCGAGGAGGAGAGAAAAUCUAUACAACUAAGAGGCCGCGAGGUCUGUAGGUUUAGAUAGGUGACGGCGACAUCAAGACCCAGGCCAAUCUUGAAGAUAGGGGUGCGGUGGAGGCAGGAACGGGGCUUGGCAAUACGAGGCGACAGUAGGCCCUGGCCCAGUGGAUCAGACAUAGCAGAGGAGGAAUGAUCCUGAAUAACCUUUCUCUGUGCUACCAGAACAAGCUCAUCUUAGCCCCUAUGGUUCGGGUUGGGACUCUCCCAAUGCGGCUGCUGGCCCUGGAUUAUGGAGCAGACAUUGUUUACUGUGAGGAUCUGCUGAGGACCAGCAGCCAGGGGUAUGCAGAUGUGUUCUGGCUCAUGCUGGACCAGGAGCUGAUUGACCUCAAGAUGCUUCAGUGCAAGAGAGUUGUCAAUGAGGUGCUCAGUACAGUAGACUUUGUUGCCCCUGAUGAUCGAGUAGUCUUCCGUACCUGUGAAAAAGAACAGAACAGGGUGGUCUUUCAGAUGGGGACUUCAGAUGCAGAACGAGCCCUUGCUGUGGCCAGGCUUGUAGAAAAUGAUGUAGCUGGUAUUGAUGUCAACAUGGGCUGUCCAAAAGAAUAUUCCACCAAGGGAGGAAUGGGAGCAGCUUUGCUGUCAGACCCUGAUAAGAUUGAGAAGAUCCUCAGCACGCUUGUCAGAGGGACAUGCAGACCUGUGACCUGUAAGAUUCGCAUCCUGCCGUCGCUAGAAGAUACCCUGAGCCUUGUGAAGCGGAUAGAGAAGACUGGCAUUGCUGCCAUUGCAGUUCAUGGGAGUGGAGGAUCUCAUGAUCACAUCCAACAACAUUUGGACAUAGAGAACUUUAGACAAGCCACAGCUGCAUCUUCAGUGAUGGUGGCCCGAGCAGCCAUGUGGAACCCAUCUAUUUUCCUCAAGGAUGGUCUGCGUCCCCUGGAAGAGGUCAUGCAGAAGUACAUCAGAUAUGCAGUGCAGUAUGACAACCACUACACCAACACCAAGUACUGUUUGUGUCAGAUGCUACGUGAACAGUUGGAGUCACCCCAGGGAAAGUUGCUCCAUGCUGCCCAGUCUUCCCAGGAAAUUUGUGAGGCCUUUGGCCUUGGUACCUUCUAUGAGGAGACCACUCGGGAGUUAAAUGCCCGAAGGACUGAGCUUUUGGCCAGGACUCCAGAAGAGGUUGGGGAGCCAGCUGAAGAUACCUCUGGUGUCAUUAAGUUGGCUGUCAAGUUUGAUCGGAGACAAUACUCACCCCAGAUCACCCCAAAAAUGUGCUUACUGGAGUGGUGCCGGAGAGAAAAGUUAUCACAGCCUGUGUACGAAACGGUUCAACGACCUCUAGAUCGCCUAUUCUGCUCCACUGUUACUGUUGCAGAGCAAAAGUACCAGUCUACCUUAUGGGACAAGUCCAAGAAACUGGCAGAGCAAACUGCAGCCAUUGUCUGUCUGCGGAGCCAGGGCCUCCCUGAGGGUCGGCUGGGUGAGGAAAGUCCCUCCCUGCACAAGCGCAAGCGGGAGACCCCUGACCAGGACCCUGGGGGCCCCAAAGCUCAGGAGUCAGCACUGCCUGGAGAGCUAUGCAAGAAGCCCUUUGUGGUGUUGCAAAGUGAUAAAGAGAGCCCUCUGGAAGGCUGGUGACUACUACUGUUCCUGUCCUGGUGGCUCACUCCUUGGGCCUACCUCUGAGAUGGCCUUUGGUACCAGAAGAUAAACCAGAUGCUAGUGGACAGUUCGCUAACCCUGCCUGGCAGGAGUCCAGGCCCAGGCCAUUAGCCUGAAGCACAGGCCAAGGAGUACCCCAGGAUCUCUUCUUUCCUGGGGGAAGUCUGAGUUAUUGCGCCAAGUUUCUAGUGACCUGGGUGAAAACAGGAAGAUUUUCAGGUGAUGCCUCCUUAACCUGACAUUGGUACAGUGCAAUAAAAAUACUAACCUCACUCAAGGAUAACUGCUUCAUCCUGGGGCAUCUUCAAACACAGACUUAUGUCCUGCCAUAAUUGUUCCAUUCCCACCCUCUGCACAAAGAUGGAGCUUCCUAAAGCAUGUCCCACCAGGCACAGUGGUGCAUGCAUGUAAUCCCAGUGCUUGGUAGGCUGAAGCAGAAUUGCUGUAAGUUUGAGGCAAGCCUGGGCUGCAUAGUGAAUUCAAGGCCAGCCUCAACUACAUAAUAAGACCAUGUCUCUAAAAAGAAGAAGAAGAAAAAGGAGAAGAAGAAGAAAGAAAGAAAGAAAAAAAACCCUAAGCAUAUCCCCGGCCCAUUCUUAGAGGUUUAUGGUGUUGGAAAGUAGAGGUGGGGAAUGGGCUGUCACCUUUCGAGCCCACUCAAUUUGGGCUAAGCCAGAACCCACUCAAGGAAACUUGAGAUCCUGGGCAUUAGUUGACUUUGUUGAUGGAAAUCUAUGAAAUCUGGGAGACAGAUUAGGGCAUUUGGAGCUCCACUAAGAGACCAUCUCAUUGAGUUCAGGGGGUAACCUGAGUAUUUGCCUUGUAAACAGGAAACUGUGGCCCCUGAGUCUCUUAAGCCUGACUGGACUCAGACUUGAUAAGGUACUGCUUUGGGCAGGGGGCAUUGCAAGGUGCUGAUGACAGCAAUUUGGCUAUUGCAAUUCACAGUUUAUGCACCCAUCCCUCCCCCAACCCCACUUGGGGCCGGAAGGAAGUGGCAGAUUCACUUUAAUUUCCUCUUGGCAGUGAGAAACAAACAAACGGCUACCACCACCUCUUGGGGCCUCCCCCGCUUACUGGGAGGGGCAUUCUGACCAAAGGUCCCGCCCUACCCACUGUUUCCUCCAUUGUAAACAUGCUGCCCUGACUGUACCUUUGCUAGGCAGCUUGGGGGGAGGAUUCACCUCUGGGCCAAGGUCCUUUUCCAUAUAUCUCCCUGUGGUGUGCCUCACGGAUUUGUGGUAACCCAGCCCCAAGGGGUCAGGCCGGUAUGUCACACCAGCAACUCCUGGCCCUAGUCUCUGGAUCAGGGCUUUGGUGGGUGAGGCUUUGUCUGAGUCCUGGUGCUGCUCCUCCUGGUCACCCCACAUGCUCUUCUAAGUGCAUGCAGGUAAGGAUACUAUAUUCCCAGCUACCUCCCACAGUGCAUUACAGUUUGACUUUGGGCAACUCAUUUCUAGCUCACUCUGCCCCUAGGGGCCCUUCUCUGACAGUGGGAUCAGCUGUCCUCUGCCUCCCUGGCUGGAAGAUAACAGGCUGGCCUGUGAUGGAGUGGCUAAUGGAGUCACUCCAUGCCAAGACACUAAACUGGUGCUCCAGAAAAGACCCCCUCUGUCAUGUGGAAUAAAGUCCAGACCCACCUACCAA